AACGCGAGCUACGAAGGAGUGCGGGUCGCGGCGCGUCGCGAUUCAUCUUCGCGUUUCGCGUCAUUGGGCGUAAUCGCGCGCCCAUCGUCGUCGUCGUCAUCGUUGACGGCGGUUUCAAUCCCUCCUCUCCCCGCGCAGUGGCGCGUAAAGUCUCGUUGAACGACAAUCGUGGGUGAUAACGUCAGCGGGCGCGCUUUUCACGGCGCCGCCGUGCGUUCAACCCGGACCGGAAUCCGCGAUGUGAGCCUCGAGGCCCACGGCGAUAGUCGUGCGACGCGGGAAAGAAGAACGGAUGCGCGUGUCGACGUGCCGGGGUGCUGACGCGGGAUGAGCGCGAGAGAAGUCAUCCUCUUCGGUGGGUCCCCCUGGGGCUUCCGCAUGCACGGCGGAUGCGACACGCAUCAACCCCUGCGCAUCUCCAGGGUGAAUCCGGGAAGCAAGGCGUCCCAGCAGGGGGUGAGAGAGGGCGACCUGAUUAGCAACAUUAACGGAAGGAGCACUCGAGAUUUGACUAACAGCGAAGCGCACGCUUUGCUACGCAACUCCGGGGAGCAGUUGAAGCUUGGUCUCAAUCAGGAAAAUAUUGGCUCGCCAAAAAGAAGGAUUUACAAGAGCAGUCUGCAGGAAAACACCACCGAAAUCCACAACAAAAUAACCACGAGAACCACAACAACCACACGUACACGGACGGAAGCGGAGAAGAGUGGCGCCGAUGACACAAAAGUCGAGCAGAGCUACGCCAAUCAGAACGGUGCUCUGAAGAGCUGCCCGAGCGAACAACGAAGCGACGUUAAGAAAGGACACUGCGAGCCACUGGAUUACGCAACCGACGCGGAGGACUGCGCCGCCGGGAUGCCACAGGGCAACGCGCGCAACCGCUAUCGCGGCCGUAGAAAUCGGCACCGACGGCGGCCGCCGCAGCCACCGGCGAAUCUCGUGGAAUCGUCGCGGAACGACAAGCGGAAGGAGGAAAUUCCGGCGACUUCGCGAAACGAGCGCGACGACGACGACGACGACGACGAUGAUGACAAUGCGAAGACGACGAACGAUACCGUUGCGCGGAAUCGCGGCGGAUCACCGAGUCGCGAAUGCCAAAUCCGGCCCGACGACCGACGCAGAAUCGAGAAGAUCGAGCUGGCGGAAUCGCAAGCCCGGAUAAUCGAGAUCACGACCGUCAGCAGUCUGCCGCUCGAGGCAACGAUCGGCCAUAUCGCCGGAGUGGGUAUCCUGGAGACUGGGAAUGGCGACAGGACGACGAGGGAAUCGACGAUAGUGACGAUAUCGGAGCCGGUGGAAUCGAUACGGUCGCUCGCCGCCUGCAUGAGAAGCGGACUGUCGAAGGGAAAUCGAUUGGAGAUUCAGGAGGUGAACGACAGCGAUGUGGAGGUCGACUGCGGGCCAACGAUCGUUGAAUUUGAAUCCGAGGGCGAAUCCGCGGAGAAGGAUUUUGGGAGGAUGGAAGAACGGGACUCCGUGGAUCGCGAGGGAUCCAAACGGAUAGAUCGAAUGGGAUCGUCGCAGCAAUUCGCGUCGCAGAAAAAGUUUGUUUCGAAACCGGAGGCAGAAUCGCCGGCCUCGAUGUGGGCGACGGUGAUGCCGAAAGAAGUGGAGAGGAAGCUGAGGAACUUCAUCGAGGGUCUUCAAUUGCCGAGCUUCUCCGAAGAGGUGGCCGAGGACGAGGGCAGGACUCUCGAAAAGCUCCCGCGGGACGUCGCGGCGGAGGAAAGCAGAUCCGUCGAGAGAGUAACCGGCUCGUCGCGCCGGAAGACGAGAAAGCGCGCGAUGUCGGCGUCGCAUUACGCUAGCAGUUUUCUCGAUAUUAUACAAGAAGAGGGCGAGAGGCUGUCGGAGGACGAGGCGCAGCACAUCAGAGACUUCAUCAACGAAGAGAUUAGCAAGUAUCGGCGCGAGGACCGCCAUUCCGUCGAAAGUGGAGCGAACGAUGUCGAGGCGAGAACAACCGAUCCCGAGAAGCUUCGGUAUGACAUUAAGAUUCAGAUCGAUACGACGGAAAACGAGGACUUGCGCAGUGAAGCGAUUAAUUGCGAAAAAUGCGAAAAUGUCGAGUCCGAGUCUGCCGAAAAUGUCGCGAGUCCUGAAGCGCAAAUGGCGGAAAUCGCUGAUUCCACGAUCGAAGCGACAAACGAAGAAAUGAACGCAAAAAGUGAUGUAAUAUUUAAUGAAUCUGUAGAAAUUACAACGGCGCAAAGAAACUUGCAAAUUGAGGAUUCUUAUAUUACUAAGAAAAUUGAAAUAGCACCAAACGCUACAGACGACGCUACAGACGACGUUGAUGAAGAAAUAUUAGCAAAUGCGACGGUAAAAAACGAUAUUAAUAUAAGUGAAACAAAAAACAACGAAUUACUUGAAGAAAAGUAUUUAAAAAGUGAUACAUCUAAUGAAUUUGUGAAAAUUAUGACGACGCAAGAAAGUUUAAAAAUUGAGAAUCCUAAUAUUGCCGAGGAAAUUAGCGAGAAAAUAGCGAAAAAUAAUACUGUGAACGACGUUGAUGAAGAAGGAUUAGGGAAUAAAAAAAUGAAGAACAUCGAAAAUAAAGCAACGAUAAAAAGCACGGUAACAAUAAGUGAUGUAAGCGACAUAAAUAAAACAGAAGACAACGAACUGUCGGAGGAAAAGUAUUUGAAAAGUGACAUCAUAUCCAACGCGACGGUAAACGAGAUGAUAACAAUAAGCGAUAUAAAUAAAACAGACGAAAAUAAAUCGUCCGAAAUCGAGAAAUCUACAAAGUCAGUAAAAUGCGAGAAAAAUUCCAUCGAAGCGUCCGCGAUGGAAAAUCGCAACGUGCCGCAAAUGGAAGAUAAAAUUGACUCAUCUUCGAGUUUGUCGCAAAGCGAAGCGCUGAGGAUGAAGCAGCAGCCUCCGCUACCUCCGAGAAGAUCAUCCAGUUUCGACCGCGAACCUCCGAGACCACCGACGCCACCUGAAAUAGACUAUAUUCCGCGUAGCGCAAAGAUUAAUCAGUCGCUCGUUGCGGCGAGCGACGCGCACGAAACCGGGUCGCCGAAUUUACUCGCGCGAAAGCGCGCGAGUCGCGACGUCGAAGCGCCGCGGCGGCCGCGGCUUCCGAAACCUGAAAGCUCCAGUCGGACGAUUGAUGAAAACGCCUCGUCGAUCUCGCGCGAAUCUUCCUCGACUCGUAACUGUACAAACCGAGUCGGAGAAGCGGAUGUCAUUCUGAAAACCGAGAAGUUGGCCGAAGUCGACCGAUCGAUCGCGUCAUCGGGUAUUCGCGACGAUGAUCCGUCAUGUUCGCGCGGCGUCGGUACGCUCGGCGUCGCGCUGGCAGGCACGACGAGCACGGAAAUAACGCGUCGCGAGGAAGGGAAGCCGGCGACGCCCGUUGCACCGGCGGCAUAUGAUCGAAGCGCGUCGUCGAGCCGACGGGAAGUCGAAGUUGAAACGCGCCGGUGUCCUCCGCGUCAGGACGAUUCGAAAAGUUUCGCGACGAAUGAAUCAUCGAAGAGCGAAGAGACAAAUAUUCGUCUGAAUUCCUCGGCGGAAAAUAAGCCAACGAUGGGUUCUUCAGGCAGCAAGAGCAAGGAAAAGUCCAAAAAGGAAAGAAAGAACGAGAAAUCGACGUUCAGCAUUCAUCGCGAGCGAACGUCGGUGAAGAGCGAGACGUCGGAGACGAAGAUAAUAGAGCGACGCGAGGCGAUCUCGAGCGCUAACCAGCUCAACGGUCAUCGGAAUUCCAAGUAUUCAACGUGGGAGUCGAAGUGCGAGGAGAGGCGCGAGGAAAAGCACGAGGAGGAGACGCGCAGUUUGUCGCGACAGAGCGACGAUGUGCAAAAUUCGGAGUCCGACGACGAGGCGAACUUUCGCAGGGCGAGCGUCCCGGCGGAUUCCGAGGGCGACGUUCAAGGACACGACUCGUCUAGCAGCACCACGUCUCUCAGCACCGUGAAACAUCGGCCGUUGGAGGCAUCGUUGACCGACAUCAGCGCGAUCGUCCGAGAGACGAAAGACGAGGAUAAUCCGAAGAGCGAAGCGGAAGAAUUCUUGAAGCGGAAGCUCGCGUUGUCGAAGAAUGCGGAAGAACUCACUGAUGAAAACUUGGAAGGGAAUUUGAAAUCGCCGCGGCCAAUUCCUUACUCGACGUCGGUGGAAAAUCUCCACUACGUGCCAUCGAACGAAGCCGAGAAAGAAACUCGUCCGUCACGUUCAUUGCCUUCUCUGAAGGAGCUCUGCGUGAAAAGAAUCCUGUCGCUGCCGUUUGGACCGCGAGUAAUCGACGAAAUCACCGCACCGCGGCUGAACAUCUUCGAAAAUCUGCGGACCCUGCAGAGGUUUGUGAGUGACGUGCCGGCGACGUGCGCUCAUCGGCCGAGCGAUAACGCCCGAUCAAAACAGCGCGGAGCGAAGAGUGACGAUCAGCGGACGCGCGGACUGACGAGAACGCCGGCAGUGCGCGAGCCGUCGCGUUCUAACGACCUUGAAACCGCUGUUUCGGACCGCGCUAGACGAUCGGCGAGUGAGAUGGAGCGCGAACGAUGGCGCGGUCUCUCCACCGCGGAGGAUCCCAGGCUCCUGGUGUGCCUGUCGCCGUCGCAACAGGCGGCGCAGGUGCGCGCGAGCGCGGACACGCUGCUGGAUCUUCACCGGAAGUUCCUGAACCGGUACAGCUAUCGCGAGGAACAGCCGCAGCGCGUGCCUGUGCCGCAAUACCGAGUCGAGAUCCGUCCCAUCGUCGGCACCGACGGGAACGACGACGCGAUCGCGAAGACACCUGAGCCGCCCGCGCGCGCAACUCACCGGGACACGCUCGAGAGAUCGAGUUGCCGGCUGCUGGAGAUCAUCAAGGAGGAACGGAACGGAUCGCGAAAGACGACCGACGACCAAGUCGCGGACCAAGAACGUCCCGAGGUCGCCCGUUCGAGCGACUGGUCGAGCCUGGCCGGACGCGGCGAUCGCCGUAGCGCCGCCGCGAACGAGCUAUUCCUGGCAGCGACGCGGGGCGAGGAUGGCGAAUCGCGCGCUGAUAAGCCGGCCGGCCAUGUGACCCGGUCCGAUCAGCCGAAGAUUGCGACACGGUCGGCGAGUGAUUCGGAGAGGCCGUUGGCGAAUAAUAUCGCGAGGAGCUCAUACGCACCAGGCAGCGCCAUUAUCGAUCGAUCGACCGACACGACGACCAGCAGGCGGACGCCGCCGACGCUCCGGAGAACAGCCGAUCCCGGCAGACACGUGAAUCCGGCGUUGAUCGACGACAAGUUGGAAGUGCCGCCAUUGCCGAAGCGCACGGUCACGGUCGACCGAUCGUGCAUCGAUACGACGAGCAUCUUCGAUCAGAAUCCGCCGAGGAGUCAUCUGGAGCCGCGGAAGGCUCAUCGCGAAACGGCAGAGAAGCUGAAGCAUGUGGCUGCGGUUGAAAUAAUGGACAAGUUGAAGGAACUGCAGACGGAGACGUCGCGGCGGCUCGACGGCGACAGAAGGAACUCUCUGCCGCAGGAGUGCUUCACUCGGCAGCUCAAGUACAUCGAGUUACUGGAGGAGCAGCUGAAAAAUGUCCUGGAAGCGGAGGAGGAGGAGAGAAAGGCCUUCGAAGAAUUUCAAACGCAUUUUUAUCGAACGAAACAGUGCGACGACGCGAGAAAAUCCUCCCUCACCGACAUCCCCGAGGAAACCUCGAUGAAAACCAGCGCGAAUUUCGAACGCCAAGUGCCGAUUGACACGCGCGAUGAGACGCCGGACGGAAAAUACGCGAAGAACAAGCGGGAGGAGCAUCGAAAUCUCGAGGAGAAUUGUUUCAGGAAGACCCGGCGGAGCGAGCCGGAAUUUCAGAGGGAAUGCUGGCGAGAGAAAUCGCGGAAUGUUGAAGAGGAUCGUGCGGAGACGAUCGAUAAAACGGGAAGCCGGCAGUUUUUGAGGAAGGUGCAUCGCGAGAACGGGGUGCGCGAGGAAUCCGCGGAGAGCAUCGAGCGCGAGGAAUGCCGCGUGAUCACCCAGAAGGGAAACCUAAAGAGAACGCCGGAGAACGGGACGGCGAAAUUCCACGAGGAAAAAAUUAACGAACAUUGCACGGAGACGACGGGGACGCCGAAGGUGUCCACCGAGAAAAUGAAUCAAACGAACUUGCGAAAGAAUGUCGAGGCGACGAGACCGACGACGUUGCCGACGAACGGCGAGGUGUUUCGCCAACGAAUGUACGACGAAUACGUGCACAAGGUGCUGGAGCGGCAGGAGCGGAAGAAUCACAAAGUCGUGAAGAUCAGUUCUCACGAGGACAUCAAGUCGGGUAGGUCGGGCGAUCACAUGAGCGCGAUGGCGAAGGAGUUCAUUGAGAAGGCGCGCAGCCGGCUGGACAAGUUCGGCAUCAAUCUUGACGAGAGCGGCACAGACCACGAGGAGGACGAGGGCGACGUGAUCAACGCCCGAUUCCUGGUCGACGGCAAGGAGCUGCGGGACGCGCGCAAGCUGCCCAAGCAUCUGCAGGAGUUCCUCAAGAUCUCGACGAUGAGCGACGACGAGGGCGAGAACGUUAUGUUCGCCCCUACGUUUAAAGCUUCGUCGGCGAAACCAGGCGUUUGGUCGCCAGGACAGACGCCACUUGCGAAGCAGCCGAGUCCCGAAUUGCGCGCCGCAGAACCGCAGAAGAACGAGCCGAUUCCGGCGGUUUGGACCCCCGCCAACGCUGGCGCGAGCCCCGUCGCCGAGAAGAAAGAGUUUCGUCCUGUGCCAUUCGAGAGUCCUGUGCUGAGCCGGAAGAGGCAGCCGCGGGAAGAGAAGGCGCCUCCGCCUUGGGACAACGAGGAGACGACGAAGGAGGGUACGCGAAGCGCAUACGAGAGCAGCACCGCGCGAAUCGUCAAUUCGCACUCGGCGCCCUCGCAGGGAUUGAACGCGCUCGCGUCCACGCCGCGCUUGCCACGUGCCCAGAAUCCGACUAUCACGCUACUGCAGAAAGCGAGAGAGGGACAAUUGCCAAAAGGCGCGGCUUACUUGGAGAGCGAAUCCGCCGACAAUCGCCUUACGAACGACGAGAGACCGCUGAUUUCUCCGGGAGAAAUAAUCUACACCCUCAAGAAAGAGUACGAGAGCGAGCCGGAAACAGAAAAUGAGCCGCCGAAGAAGAUGGCCGAUCUGGGCCCUCGAAAGUUCGAGGGGAUCGGCCCGGUGACUAGGGAGGGUAUCCCUCUCGUGUUGAGAUCGGAAGUCAAGGAAAGCAAUCAAGCGAAAUGGUACAAGAAAAUGUACGACUCGUUACACCGCGCGGAUAAAAACGAUGACUACGUAACCAUAAAAUACAAAUCGAGGAGAGGAGGGAGGUAUGGAUACGGAAGCAGCAGUGGAUAUUUGAGCGAACCGGAACCGCGCGCAUACUCGGAUCGAUCCGUUACUCUCGAUAGCCGCCGACGGCUGCGCAACAAAGAAAAUGACUUUACCACGGCGACUAUGCCCAGAAAGAAUGGGGCGCUGAAGUACUCGACUGACAUUUAUAAAAAUCAGCCCGGCCGCAUCGAGGACUAUGAACCAGGGCGCUCGUCGAUCGCCGAGAAGGAAACUAAAGAGUGGUGGGACGAGGUCAUGGACAUAUUUGACGGGUGGCUGAACGAAAACGGACGUCCUCAGCACGCUAGGAUGGAGUCCCUGCGCAGCGGCAUCCGGCAGGCCCGCGUGCUCAGCCUCUCCUACCGGCCGGAGGACAGUCCCUUCGAUCAGCGCAGCAACGCACGAAUCGCAGCAAAGCCGUAUAUAACACAUGCUCUGAAAGAAUCCGGUUACGAGAGCGAUUCGACGCUGGUGUUCCGUCGCAGAGAAGAUAUUAGUCCGCUCAGCCUCCUCGAGCAAAGACUGGCGUACAAAACGGUGCAAAGCGGUGGCGACGUGCCCCUCCAUGGGCUUCGCAAACCGGCUCCGGAACGUCCGAAGGAAUACUCGAAUGCACCCCCGCCGCCGCCAAAAUCCCAGCACUGCAGGGACGAUCGUCAAGAAUCGCCGAGGCGUUAUGUGGAGGGUGAGGUGACGAUUCACUAUCGCUCGCCAGUGCGUACAGAGGCGAAGGAGCCGCUGAGCGAGGAGGAGCUCGCGCGCCGAAGCGCGGAAAACAUGCGGCGCGUCUACCAGGAGGAACGCCGGCGCAAAUACCUCCAGGAGUUGCACGACAUCGACUCCCGCAGGCACACGGACAACUUUAUACCCUCGCAGAAGUCGCCUAUACCUCUGAAUCGCUACGACGACUUUGUGGACGAUCUGAGCCAGCGCAGCCGAUCCCAAGAUCAAACACCGGAGCCGCGUUUGGUAGCAAGGGCGCUCUACAAUUUCGUCGGGCAAUCGUCACGGGAGUUGACUUUCCGACGCGGCGACAUCAUAUUCGUUCGACGACAGGUGGACAAGAACUGGUACGAGGGAGAGUACAAUGCGAUGAUCGGACUGUUUCCCUCCAACUAUGUCGAGAUUCUACCAUACGAUGGCACCAUGCGAACGACACCGAAGAAAGCUCACGAAGGACAGGCGCGGGCCAAAUUCAACUUCAUCGCACAGACCAAUCUUGAAUUGUCUUUGGUGAAAGGCGAAUUGGUGGUUCUGACGCGAAGAGUCGACGAAAAUUGGUACGAAGGACGCAUAGGAAACAGGAAAGGAAUCUUCCCGAUCUCUUACGUUGAAGUCAUUACGGAACCCGGACAUCGAUCAGAGACGCCGAUUCAGAGUAAACCGGUCGCGUCUCCGGCGGCGCACAGUCUCUUAGCGAACGGCUCGUCCGGAGGAAAAAUGAGUAUGGGACCCCAUCAUUAUGUGCCGUCCAUCCCGGUCAAUAUCAACACAACCCAGCCCCAUUAUAAUUCACUGCCACGCAUGGGAGGGAGCAAGCUGCACAUAUCGCAGCUCAGCGAAACGCUGCACAUCGAAACGCAUUCGGAACCAGUCCCAUAUCGAGCGCUGUACAAUUACAAGCCGCAGAACGACGACGAGCUGGAGCUGAAGGAGGGCGACACGGUGUACGUGAUGGAGAAGUGCGAUGAUGGAUGGUACGUUGGCUCCAGCCAGAGGACCGGUUACUUCGGCACCUUCCCGGGCAACUACGUGGAGAAAUUGUGAGGAAGGCCGAUGGUCCAGGACUUGAACACCGCGCGGCGUGUCAAGGCCCAGGAUAACUUUCACCAAAGCACUAGGCGGAAUCGUUAGAAUAGACGCCGAAUUUCGGCAGCGUUUAACCCGAUCGCCGAUCUGGCUGCGUCGAUCGUAAAGAUUUUUGCAAAUUUUCACUAUGACCUCUAAGUUCUUUCUGGAUUGAUUAUUAAUUAUAACGCACAUUACGAUUAUAGUAAGUGUUUAUUAUUGUUUCAAUAUUUUUAUCCGACGCGCAACACACUCGAAGAUUUCGACAAUUGGCGUCUUUUAAAUUUUUUACGUUAUUUGAUAAAUAAUUUUAUUCUAAUUCUACUCGAGAAUGUAAGAUAUUUAUUGAUUUUUUUUCGAAAUUUCCGCAAAAUGUUACGACACAACGAACGGGUUUCUAAUUAAAUCCACGCGAGUGCCCGCGUCGCACGAAAGCGCUCUUCGAGUUCAACGAAUGCGAUUAAAAAGUUUCGCGCAACCGCGAUAUUAUCGUUCGGGACGAUGUGUAAUUCGAAAAGCGAGAGGGUUAAACGUUCAGAGCAGGAAGUAAAGAACGUCACAAGAGUCUUCCUUUUUGGGUCUAGCGACGAUGUUAUCGAUUACGCAGUUAGGAUAAGUACCACACCCUGUCAGUGUUUGCGACGUGGUGUAAUAGAGCUUUCAUAUGAUCAGAAUUAUUAUCGGUAUAUCGGCAAGCCGUCGGCAUCUAACAUUGAUCAGCAAUUCUCUUUUGCAAUUUAACAUCACGUCGACCAUGCGAUGUGAUAGCCCCGCGUUAUCAAUAUUCAGAGUACCAGAAGUAACCGCUGAUCGUAUCAAGGCCCUUCCCGGCGUCGGAUUUACCAAAAAAUUUAGCAAGAUAGUUCGCUAGGAUACGCGAGUUUGUAAGUAGUGUACGAUAUAACGAUUAACUUAUUGUUAUUGCUGCUCCUGACGACAGCCAGCUUCACUCAGAUGGAUGUCGUCAGACACAUUUGGCAAAUGGAGUUUCGCGAUGCGUCAAGAAUCAUCGAACAAAAAGUAAAAAUACGUAAGACAAAAAAAAAGAUACGACAUCGAAGAGUUUGGAGAAUCAGAUAAUUAGCUUGAGAUUUUCGGGCGGCUAUUUUCCGAGAUAUGGAUUUAGCGCGCGGAAGCUUGUGUUUGAAUUCGAGAGAAGCGGCGAAUGGCGGUUUUUCCCUCUAAUUUCGGUAUUGUAGAUAAAAUCGGCCACUGUUAUUGUUGCAUUCGUGAGUGUUUCGAGACUAACGGACUUAUAAUUGAAAGUUUGCCUUCCUAAAUUAAUAUUUUUGUAAACAUUAUUUGUACCCAGAGUUAUAUAUAAAUAUACAACAUAUAGAGAUUA